UCAUUAAUCAGAGUUUACCUGAGUGAGUGACUACAAAACAUAACACAAAAACAAACAUAAACAAAAACACUCUCUUCAUUAAUGUUCUGUUUUUCUUUUUUUUUAACUCUCUUCAUUCUUUUCUUCUUCUCCUCUUUACCUUAAAGUACCAUUUUUUCCUUAACUUCUUGCUUCCUAAAUUUAGCAUACACCAUUUUCCUCAUUCUCUUUUCCUCUAAUUAUUCUUCUCAACUUGUAUUCUUUCACUUUCUAUUUUUCCCUUUUUUUUGUUGUCUUCUUUCAUUAAAAAAGCUUAUUUUUUUAAGCUGGUUUCAUCUUAAUCUAUAUUUUUUUCUUCAUUUUUUUAUUUUUCUUAGCUGAAUUUGUAGUGGGUUGUUUCAUUUUCCUUCAAAUCUAGAUCAAGUUGUUUCCUUUAUUUUUUUCCUCCAUUGAAACAAGCUUAAGCUAUUUGGGUGAAGCCUGCUCUUUUACAUCUCUUGAACUCUAACUGAUUCCAUUUCCACCAUUUUCUUUGACCCUUUUGCCUCAAAAUUGUUUUCAGUUGUUUCUUUCUAAGCAAUGAUUCUCGUAGGAAAACCCCAUUUGAAGUUGCUUCAAUUUGUUCUGUUUCUGUUCUACCUUAAUUUUAACAGAAGUAGUUCUAAUCAGAUGGCUCCAAUGAACUGUACGGACACAAGACGAGUUUGCACAUCUUUCUUGGCCUAUAAGCCUCAACAGAAUCAAUCUUUGGGAGUGAUUCAAAGCAUGUUUGAUGUGUUACCAAGUGAUAUCACAGUUGAAGGAAAUGGUUGGGAUUAUAUAUUCAUAAGGAAGAAUUGUUCUUGUGCAUCUGGGAUCAAGAAAUACGUGUCUAAUACAACUUUUACUGUGAAAACCAAUGAAGGGUUUGUGGAUGAUUUGGUUAUGGAUGCUUAUGAUGGGCUUAUUUUGCUUCCAAAUACUUCAAGGAAGGCAAGGAAUGGUGCUGUUAUAUCAUUGAGGUUGUUUUGUGGCUGUUCUAGUGGAUUAUGGAAUUAUUUGUUGAGUUAUGUGUUGAGAGAUGGGGAUAGUGUUGAAUCUUUGGCUAGUAGAUUUGGGGUUAGUAUGGAUAGUAUUGAGGGUGUGAAUGGCCUUGAUGGUCCUGAUAAUGUUACUGUCGGUUCACUUUAUUAUAUUCCUCUUGAUUCUGUUCCUGGUGAUCCUUAUCCUCUGAAGAAUGCUUCUCCACCAGCUUCUGUUCCUACCCCUUCUGUCGAUAAUAUUUCAGGUGAUCAGGACAAUCAUAAAUAUCAUGUACCCUAUGGAUGGAUCAUUGGAGGUUUAGGAGUUGGUCUUAUUCUGAUAAUAUUAGGCAUAAUUCUCUGUGUUUGCCUGAGAUCAUCAAAUUGCUUUUCUGAUUCUCGAAGUCAUGAAAAAGAUGCUGAGGGAAAGGUCUCUCAUAAAUUCCAAAUUCUUCGGAAUCCAAGUUUUUUUUGUGGUUCUGGACGGUACAUAUGCGGCAAACAUGUUGACCAAAAGCAAACAGACGGCGACUCCAGCACUCACACGAUUACUGUUCCCAAAGCUUCAACACUAGGGCCAGACGUAUUUGACAUGGAUAAGCCGGUAGUUUUUGCAUAUGAAGAGAUUUUUUCCUCAACUGAAGGCUUCUCUGAUUCAAAUCUACUUGGACAUGGAACAUAUGGAUCUGUCUAUUAUUGCCUCCUUCGUGACCAGGAAGUCGCUAUUAAAAGAAUGACAGCUACAAAAACAAAAGAGUUUACAUCAGAGAUUAAAGUUCUGUGCAAGGUUCAUCAUGCUAAUCUGGUAGAAUUGAUUGGCUAUGCAGCUAGUCACGAUGAGCUUUUCCUAGUUUAUGAAUAUGCUCAGAAGGGUUCACUCAGAAGCCAUUUGCAUGAUCCUCAAAAUAAGGGUCAUUCACCACUUUCAUGGAUCAUGAGGGUUCAGAUUGCACUUGAUGCUGCUAGGGGACUUGAAUAUAUACAUGAGCACACAAAAGCUCAUUAUGUCCACCGUGAUAUCAAGACAAGCAACAUUUUACUUGAUGCUUCUUUUAAAGCAAAGAUUUCUGAUUUUGGGUUGGCGAAACUUGUCGGGAUAACAAAUGAGGGAGAUGUUUCAACUACAAAAGUUGUUGGUACAUAUGGAUAUCUUGCUCCGGAAUACUUGAGUGACGGCCUUGCAACAACCAAAAGUGAUGUCUAUGCAUUUGGUGUUGUCCUUUUUGAGACUAUAACUGGAAAGGAGGCCAUUAUUCGAACAGAAGGCAUGAUGACAAAAAAUCCUGAAAGACGAUCACUCGCAUCGAUAAUGUUGGCAGUUCUUAGGAACUCACCUGAUUCCUUGAGCAUGUCAAGCAUGAAAGAUUACAUUGAUCCAAAUAUGAUGAAUCUAUAUCCCCAUGAUUGUGUAUUUAAGAUGGCUAUGCUGGCGAAGCAAUGUGUGGACGACGAUCCGAUCUUACGACCUGAUAUGAAAACAGUAGUGAUUUCCAUCUCACAGAUUCUUUUGUCUUCUAUUGAGUGGGAAGCAACACUAGCUGGGAAUAGCCAAGUAUUUAGUGGACUUGUUCAGGGAAGAUAGGAAUCAAAUAAAAAGGGUAUAAAAAGCUUAGUAUUGUUUGCAUGAUUGUGAUGUAUCAAUAGGAGCAAAGACUUGUGAAUGACAUGUGGGUCAAUCAAUGUCUUCUUUUUGGCCAUUUACUUCCCCAAAUGUCUUGAAAGCUAUAUCUUGAUUUUACUUUUAGCUAUGUAGAAAAUUUUAGGAGUAAUUUAGAGCAUGUGGUGUUGGAGCUAAGGAAGAAUUUUAUUGCCUUGUGAAUUUUAUUUCAUGAGUUGUAAUUUUGACAGUAAUAUAUAUGUAUGUUUAUUCUCUCAAAAAAAAAAAAAAUGUAUGUUUAUAUUCUUUGAUUC